AGUGUUUACGUCCCCGUUGACAGCACCGCCGUUGCUCGGCUUUGCCUAGUAACCAACUUGAAGUUCGCGGUGCUGUGCCGCUUUUCUGUUAUUCGCUUUAAAAAAGGUGGACUGAUUGAGAAAUGGAGCGGUGACCAUCCUAAUGGUCCCUGAGCCGCUACACCUGCGAAGCUGAGUCACAGAAGUGGUCACGGUUCUUUGAAUUGGGCCACUCCUCAGAGAGAGGAGAAAGCAGGACCAGAUUUCUUUUUAACACAUGAUGUACAAGGACUACCGGUCUGGCCGAGCUGCAGGACUGAAUCCGCUGCCCUUUGACCCCGCCACCAACAACGAACCGCUGCAGUUCAACAGCUCCAAUGGUCCUCUGGUGUCUGAGUGUCCUCUGGAGAACGGCACAGAGAACAACAACAAGAAGAGGAAGAGAUCUAAUCUUCCUCCAGAGGGUCUGCGUAAUAUUGCCAUGGACUCCAAUUCCUUGGGAAUGCCGAUGUCAGACCCAAACGCCUGGGCUACUGCCAUGAACAACCUGGGAAUGGCGCCCCUAGGCAUGACUGGCCAGCCUCUCAUGUCAGAUUUUGACCCCAGUCUUGGUCUGAUGACAGGUAUUGCUCCAAUGAAUCCCAUGAUGCCCGGCCUGGGCAUUGUACCCCCGUCUAUCUCCCAGGAUUUGCCCAUCGUGAAGGAGAUCAUUCACUGCAAGAGCUGCACCCUGUUUCCCCCCAACCCCAACCUGCCGCCUCCGGCCACACGGGAGAGACCCCCUGGAUGUAAGACGGUGUUUGUGGGGGGUUUGCCUGAGAAUGCCACUGAGCAACUCAUCAUGGAGGUGUUCGAGCAGUGUGGCGCUAUCAGCGCCAUCCGCAUGAGCAAGAAAAACUUCUGCCACAUCCGCUUUGCUGAGGAACACACCGUCGACAAGGCCCUCUUCCUGUCUGGAUAUAGGAUCAGGCUCGGCUCCAGCACAGAUAAGAAGGAUACGGGGCGACUGCAUGUGGACUACGCCCAGGCCAGAGACGACCUGUAUGAGUGGGAGUGCAAACAGCGAAUGCUGGCUCGUGAGGAGAGGCACCGGCGCAGGAUCGAGGAGGACCGCCUUCGCCCCCCAUCACCACCCCCCAUAGUUCACUACUCAGAGCACGAAUGCAGCCAGCUCGGAGAAAAGAUCAAAGACGACUCAAAGUUUCCUGAGGCGGUCCGUGUCCUGCUGACCUGGGUGGAGCGAGGGGAGGUGAACCGCCGAAACGCCAACAACUUCUACUCCAUGAUCCAGUCCUCAAACAGCCACAUCCGCAGGCUGAUGAACGAGAAGGCCGCUCAUGAGAAGGAGAUGGAGGAGGCCAAGGAGAAGUUCAAGAACGCCCUGGCUGGGAUCCUAGUGCAAUUUGAGCAGAUUGUGUCUGUAUUCCACGCUGCUUCCAAACAAAAGGCAUGGGACCAUUUCUCCAAAGCCCAACGCAAGAACCUGGACAUGUGGCGCAAGCAAGCAGAGGAGAUCAGGAACAUCCAUAAUGAGGAGCUGAUGGGCAUCCGCAGGGAGGAAGAGAUGGAGAUGUCCGAUGAUGACAUGGAGGACGCACUGGAGAGCAAAGACUCAGACGACUCAGGGCCGAUGGCUCAGGUAGAGGCUCUGAGGGAGGAGAAUGAUAGUCUGAGGUGUCAACUGGAUGCAUACAGGAAUGAGGUGGAGCUGCUGAAGCAGGAGCAGAGUAAAACCCAGCCACAGCGCUCUGAGGAGGACAACACACGCCAGCAACAACUCAACUUCCUCCAACAGGCCUUACAGGGCAUGCAAAAGCAACUGCUGAAGAUCCGCGAGGAGCUGAAACAGAAAGAGGCAGAGCUGGAAAAGAGCACAGAUGAGAAACAGCAGCUGGAGAGUCAAAUCCAGAGCCUUAAGGAAAGAAUACAAGCCUUCCCUGCAUCACACACUCUUCCUAUGGAGAGGCCAGAGCGGGAUGACAGAGGCAGUGAUGAAAGUGCAAAUCACACCAACGAUGUAGCAGCAGUGUCGGCGGUGGUUUCCUGUAGUCAGGAGAAGGAGAGCCUGCCGGAGAAGGGUCCUCCCAGCCCCGUCAAGUCAGAAAGAGAGGCCCUGCUCGUGGGAAUAAUCUCGACAUUUCUCCAUGUGCAUCCAUUCGGAGCCAGCAUCGAAUACAUCUGCUCCUACUUACAACGCCUGGACACCAAGAUCAGCACAACUGAAGUGGAGACGCUGCUGGGUCGGCUUCCCUGCACCUUCAGGCAGGAGCUGACGGGCGUUGGCGCCAGCCUGGAGAAGCGAUGGAAGUUCUGUGGCUUUGAGGGCAUCAAGACAGCGUAGAGACAGGCUUUUGGGCUUCGAACCCAAGGACUGACACAACCUGAGCACUUGGAAGGACAAAAAAAAAGAAAAUAGUCCCACAGACAGGAGAGAUCCAAGCCAAACGCCUGCCAGCAUUCUUUAGCAGCUCACUAAGCCCUGGAGACGUUCAUUCAACUGCAGACAGGGCCCGGCCUCUGGAGUGUGGAUGCGUUACAGUGUAUACACACGAGCACAUGUUCAUGUGAGUGAGUGUGUCUGUGCGUGCGCCUGUAAGUGCCGUGUGACUGGACUGGUCGAAGUCACCUAUACACUGCAGCUGUGACUCGCCGUAGCAUUGGGAUUCUACUCAUAGGACAGAACCAGGCUGAGAACUGGGGACAAAUCCGUCAACAUUGUUUUACUUUUUCUCUCAUUUUAGUCCUGAUUUUUCAAGAAAAAAAGAAAUAAAGAUGAAUAUAUUUCUUCUUUUCUUUCUGUAUAGGUUGAUAUCAGCUGCAUAUAACAUUUUUUGUUGAUACACUCUGUAAAUGUUUGAAUAACUUACUAUUUU